AUGGUCACCUCGCUGCCGCCAGCUCACGUCAUGGCCAUGGGCAGCAGAUCAACAUCCAUUGGCACAGGCGAGCCAAAGAUUCUUGUAUGUCCCUAUACAGACUCAACAGAGGUCAUUCUCUCAACGUGCCAUCAGGCAGUGUUCCAACAUCUUCUUCACCCAACUCUGUCUGCCAAGAUCAUACAGAGGCUAAGCGAGUACCGGCUUAAUAACGGAGUCAGUCUCGAUAAAGUCAUCGUGUUCUGCUGCUUUAUCGCUUCUUCUUGGACAACUCUCAGCGAGGCCGACAACGUCGCGACAUGA